UUUCUCUUCCUCAAAGUUUAAUUAAAUUAUGCGAGGCGGUGGCAAGAGAAGAUCAAGCGGCGGCGGCGGUGGUGGUGGUGGUUCCGGGAGAAGCAAAUCCAGAUCUCCAGGACACCGCGCGGGAUCUUCCUCCGGCGGUCGUCGCGGCGGACGACGUAGUAACAACACUCUGUUCGUGGAAGGAGGCGCUCUCGCCGAUUUCCCUAAAGAUCCAUCCUUUUCGACUCCCUCUCGAGGAAGAUCGAAACCCAGAAGCUCAGAUCGUGGGAAAGCUUCUUCUUCUGCUUCCACGAGUGGUCUGAGGAGAUGCAGUUACGCCUAUCAGUACCCUGGUGAUCAACAAAUGGUUGGAGUUGGAUCAUCAAAUCAGUUACUUCUAGGGAAGAAGACAGAGGAGAGGACAACGCAGAUCGUUGCUUAUAUGGAUGAUCAAACACCUUCUUGUUCAUCGAAGGAAGUGGUUAAGGUAAAUUAUGAGUAUGAGUAUGAACCGAGUUUUGUUUUGGGUGGUGAUGGUGAUGACUCUCAUAAAGGAUUGGGCUUUUGUGAUGAUGAUUGUGAUGAUGAUGCACCAAGUGGUAGCCUUUCUGUUUCCAAGGUAGUGGGAGAGGCUCCUGCAAGUGAAGAUGAAGCUAUGCCUGAUGUUGUGAAACCGUCAAAGAGGAAUUCAGGGUUCAUUUCUAUUGGAGGGAUGAAGCUUUACACUGAAGAUAUAUCUGAUGAGGAAGAGAGUGAUGGAGAAGAAGAGGAAGGAAGCGUUGGAUCGUCUGAGGAAGAGGAAGAGAGUGAGGAGUCAUCUGAGAGUGAAAGCUCGGAGGAUAUGUUUUUAAGUGAUACGGAGAUUGAUGACGCUGUUGCGAAAGAUUACUUGGAAGGUAUUGGUGGAAGUGAGAAUAUGUUGGAUGCUCAUUGGUUGGCAGAAAAGUCAUUGGACCAACUUGAUUUGUCUGACAUUUCUGGAAGUGAUUCUUCUCCUAAGAAGAAAGGAAAGUUGACUGGUUUGGCUUUACAAAAGGCGUCUAUGGAGUAUGGUAAGAAGAAGUUUACAAGAAGUGGUUCAUCUGUGCAUGGUAAGGCUGCUCAUCCAAUGACAAUGGAUGAUCUCAUGUUUGUGAAGGAUCCGAGGAGUCUUUCUGGGAGGAAGAAUAAGAAGAAACAGGCGUCUAAGUUUCUACCACAGUCUUGGCCUUCAGGGUCACAAAAGAGCAAGCAUUCUCGUAAUUUCCCUGGUGAGAAGAAGAAACAUCGCAAAGAGUAUAUUGCUCUGAAGCGUCGUGAGAGAAUGUUGCAGCGUGGUGUUGAUCUUGCUGAUAUAAACAUUCAGUUAGAGCGUUUCGUUCUGGACAAAGUGGACAUGCACUGUUUCCAGCGUAUGCAUAACAGAGAUUGCUCUCAGGUGAGACGUUUAGCAGAUGUAUACCGCUUAUCUAGUAGCUGCACUGGUUCUGGAAAGAAAAGCUUUGUGACAGUGACUCGAACUUAUCAGACAUGUAUGCCGUCUGCUAGCGAUAAGGUUCGCAUUGAGAAGCUGAUAGGAGCAGGAGAUGAGGAAGAGGACUUUGCUGUCGGCGGAGGGGUAAAGGUUAAAUCUGGAGGUUUAGAGAGGAAGAAAGGAAAAGACUCAGCCAAGAAGCGACCUACUAGAGAAGAACGGGAGAGAAAUAAAAGCAGCGGGAAGAAGAGUUCAUAUGCUGAGCAACCUGUUUCAUUUGUGUCAAGUGGUGUUAUUGAUUCUGAGAUUGCUGUGGCAAAGACCUCUUCUGAUGUCAAUGAUGCUAAACAAGUGGGUGAAGCUACUCCGGAAGCCUCUAGUGGAGCAGAUAUUGGAGCAUUUGAGAUACACACAAGAGGCUUUGGAUCUAAAAUGAUGGCGAAAAUGGGGUUCAUAGAAGGAGGCGGUCUAGGAAAGGAGGGUAAGGGGAUAGCACAGCCAAUAGAAGCUAUUCAACGUCCUAAAUCACUUGGAUUAGGUCUGGAUUUCUCCAUUGAUACCGAUGAGGCUAGUCCAUCAAGCAAAAAUAACAACGCUAAAAGGAACAGAUCUUCUUCCUCUGGGAAACAGGGGAAACGUGUCUCCCAUGACAUUGGUGGUGGCUCUGGCUCAGCAAGGAUCAGAGAUAAAAGAUUGGGAGCCUUUGAGCAGCACACAACAGGCUUUGGUUCGAGGAUGAUGGCGAGAAUGGGUUUUGUGGAUGGCUCUGGUUUGGGAAGAGAGUCACAAGGCAUAGUCAAUCCGCUGGUCGCAGUGAGACGUCCUAGAGCACGUGGCCUAGGCGCUGAAGGCUAAAAGACUCGAGUGUUUUAAGUUUGAACAAGACCGUAUGGGUUUUAAAAGUUUAUGUUCAUCUUUGUUCUUUCACUACUCCUUUGAAUUAUGGGUUGAGCGUUGUUGAUUUAAUAAAACAAAUCC